ACAACCAGUUUACAAAAUCCAAGGAAAGGAAGAAUCUUGCUGAGUCCCAACAGUCAUUCAAAUCCAUAUUCUUCCAAAUGCCAUGCAUGGGCCACUGGGAUAACUUCAGGAUAAUGCACUCUCUGGGUUUGUAGGUUUCAGCUCAGAGCCUCAGAGGCUGUACUUUAAAAUCCCAGUACUGGUUUUAGCCAUAUUUGCCAAAGACAGCUCAAGAAAUCAUUGGGGCAUUUGUUUGUUUUUGUUAUGGCUUUGCUGAGUGAGGGUCUUACACAGGUUCUGAUACCUGCGGCCGCCUUGAUUGGGCUUGUGUUUGCUUUGGUUCAGUGGUUCUUGGUCUCCAAGGUCAGGGUUUCUGGUGAAGCUAGUGAUUAUAAUGGGUAUAAAGACAGUUUGAUUGAUGCAGGAGAGUUUGAGGAGGGUGUUGACAACUUUGAGGUUUCUGUCAAGGUUGCUGAAAUUCAAAAUGCCAUAUCUGUUGGGGCGACCUCAUUUCUGUUCACCGAGUAUAGGUAUCUUGGUAUCUUCACGGGAGUAUUUGGUAUCAUCAUAUUCCUCUUCCUUGGUUCAGUUACAGGAUUCAGUACCAAAAGUGAACCUUGCACUUACAACAAAGGGAAUAUUUGUAAACCAGCCUUGGCUAAUGCCUUCUUUAGCACCAUUGCAUUCUUGCUUGGGGCUCUUACGUCAGUCCUUUCUGGUUUUCUUGGGAUGAAGAUUGCUACCUAUGCCAAUGCUAGAACAACUCUGCAAGCAAGGAAGGGUGUUGGGAAGGCAUUCAUUACAGCUUUUCGCUCUGGUGCUGUGAUGGGUUUCCUUCUUGCUGCCAACGGCCUUUUGGUGCUGUGGGUCUCCAUCAAUUUAUUUAAGAUGUACUAUGGGGAUGACUGGGAAGGACUUUAUGAAUCUAUCACUGGUUAUGGACUUGGAGGUUCUUCAAUGGCACUUUUUGGAAGAGUUGGGGGUGGUAUAUAUACAAAGGCAGCUGAUGUUGGCGCUGAUCUUGUCGGAAAAGUUGAGAGGAAUAUUCCUGAAGAUGAUCCGCGUAACCCAGCUGUUAUUGCGGACAAUGUGGGUGACAAUGUAGGAGACAUUGCCGGAAUGGGUUCUGACCUGUUUGGAUCGUAUGCUGAAUCAUCCUGUGCAGCACUCUUUGUUGCAUCAAUAUCAUCCUUCGGUACCACUCAUGACUACACAGCCAUGUCCUAUCCUCUGAUUAUAAGUUCAAUGGGGAUUGUGGUUUGCUUAAUAACAACGAUUUUUGCAACUGAUCUGUUUGAGAUUAAGAAUGUGAGUGAGAUUGAGCCAUCCUUGAAGAAACAACUUGUUAUCUCAACUGUCUUGAUGACUGCUGGUAUUGCCAUGGUCAGCUUCUUUGCUUUGCCAUCAGAAUUUACUCUCUUUAACUUUGGGACCACCAAGGCUGUAAAGAACUGGCAUCUUUUCUUCUGUGUUUCAAUUGGCUUGUGGGCAGGACUUGCUAUUGGAUACACUACAGAGUAUUAUACUAGCAAUGCUUACAGCCCAGUGCAGGAUGUGGCAGAUUCUUGCAGGACGGGUGCUGCAACAAAUGUGAUUUUUGGAUUGGCUCUGGGAUACAAAUCUGUCAUCAUUCCCAUAUUUUCCAUUGCCAUUGCCAUUUAUGUGAGCUUUAGCUUGGCUGCUAUGUAUGGAAUUUCUGUUGCUGCUUUAGGGAUGCUCAGCACUAUUGCCACUGGUCUUGCAAUUGAUGCGUAUGGCCCCAUAAGUGACAAUGCUGGUGGGAUUGCAGAAAUGGCCGGUAUGAGCCAUGAGAUCCGUGAAAGAACUGAUGCUUUAGAUGCUGCUGGAAAUACUACUGCUGCUAUUGGGAAGGGUUUUGCUAUUGGAUCAGCUGCUCUUGUUUCCCUUGCUUUGUUUGGUGCCUUUGUGAGCAGAGCAGGCAUCAAUACUGUUGAUGUGUUGACUCCAAAGGUCUUCAUUGGGUUGAUUGUGGGAGCCAUGCUGCCAUACUGGUUUUCAGCCAUGACAAUGAAGAGCGUGGGAAGUGCAGCUCUCAAAAUGGUUGAAGAGGUUCGCCGACAGUUCAAUACCAUUCCUGGCCUCAUGGAAGGAAGAGCAAAACCAGACUAUGCAACUUGUGUCAAGAUCUCUACCGAUGCUUCUCUAAGGGAAAUGAUCCCACCUGGUGCUUUGGUCAUGCUUACUCCACUUAUUGCUGGAACCUUCUUUGGAGUGGAAACUCUUGCUGGGGUUCUUGCUGGUUCACUUGUUUCUGGUGUGCAGGUUGCCAUCUCAGCUUCCAACACAGGUGGCGCAUGGGAUAAUGCAAAGAAAUACAUAGAGGCUGGUGGCAAUGAACAUGCAAAAGCACUAGGUCCCAAGGGAUCAGAUGCUCACAAGGCAGCUGUCAUAGGCGACACAAUUGGAGAUCCUCUUAAGGACACAUCUGGCCCUUCACUCAACAUCCUCAUCAAGCUCAUGGCAGUGGAGUCCUUGGUGUUUGCUCCAUUCUUUGCAACUCAUGGGGGCUUAAUCUUCAAGUGGUUUUAAAAUGGAGCUGCUCUAUGCUCAGUUUAACCAUGGUAAUUUAUGUUCAGUACGGGAGCACUAAAGUUGGUGGCCUUAUUGUUGUAAUUAGUAGCUUCCAGAUGUAAAUGAAAAAACUAUGCGGCUUUACUUCAAAAUUUUACAGUUGAUAAAAACUGUGCUAAAUAUGUAUAUUGUACUCA